AUGGCAAGCCAAGACGACCGUGCGACAAGCCGCGCUGACCCCCUUCGGCGGUGCGACCAGUGCAGAAAGCCUCAGGGCGACAAGGAAUGCCAAAAGGCGGCAUGGCCAAUCCACAAAUUCGCGUGCUUGACAUACAGCGAAUCCAACACCGAUAACGGACUACGCCCCUUAAGGAACGCCGAGGUCCACCGAUUCGGCUUCCAAACCAUAGAUGAGGUCCCGCGAGUGCUGAAGGACUUCAUGGUGUCCCACUCCUGGGCUUUGCACGCCUAUACGAGGGCGGAGCUCCUUUUGAGGGGCGGUCCGGGCCACAUGCACAACCCACCGAAGAUCCUGGAGAUCCGCCUCAAGUGCCUCUGCUCUAGCGGCUAUUCGGCAGUUACAAAUCCCGCGCUCACAUUCAAGUUCCUAAACACGCGCUGGUGGACGGUCGAGGAAUACACGAGCGAUCCUGAUCGGGCGCGGAGCUGGCAGAACUUCGCACCAACGCUUGAGGUCGCGCACAAACGGGGCGGCGGCGGCGAACACUUCUUCGGCAUGCUCCCCGUGGUCUACACCGUCGAGGACGUCCACUCCCUGCAUGUGAUAAAUCUCUACGCCCAGCACCACCCUAUCCCUGCACUCUUCAGCGAUCAUGACGAGGAGUCGCGCCGCAGGCUGUUGACGAACGGGCUCGCGCUCUGCGUCGGCAGUAUCAAUUUGGGCAUCCCGCUGCGAGAUACCGAGGCGCGGCGUGUCCCGGAACUGCUUCCAGGACGCUUUGUUCGCUCGAAGGGACGGUGGGUCUGGGAGCCGCUCUUCACGGGUUGGGACCAAUACCUUGACGGCCCUCGGGGAACCGCGGCGGUGGACGAUAUGCUCUCUACUGUGACAACGCGCCUCAGCAACUCGUUGCAUAAUCCUACAUACUCUGCCGUCGGGACAUCUCCGCUCUACGCGCGCACUGGAACCGUCUCUCCCACUCUGUGAGAGGGAUCUUCGCGAUCGUCGUCAUCUACCCUCACGACUAUCGUAGAGGCGUCGAGGUUGGUUUUGGGCUGACCAGCACCUCGGUUCCGAAGGUAGAUCGACGUCGAUCUUGACUCCCUGCCGCGAUCACUCCUGUCAACACCACGAAGUACACUUACCGAUCACGAUCGACAUCCUGUCAAUCGUGGCUUAGGCUUUGCCCCAGGUUUCCGAGUGGAGCAAUAGAAGCAAAACAUUCGC